UGGGAGGUGAUGUGAACCAAACAUUUACUCACGCCACGGCUCUUCAUAUUUCAUCCAGAGGAGCGCAUGGAUCCGGGCUCAGGCACACUGCCCGCCGCUGUCCUGGAUGCUGCUGCACGGACCGAGACCGGAGGCUGCUGCAUCCCUCAGUGUGAACACACCGUACAAACACCGACAGUAGUGACCGUGUGAGGAGCCGAGUAGGCGGAGGAGCAGCACCGUGUUCCGUGUACAGUACCGGUGAAGGCAGACAGGACGGUGGAGAUGGAGCGGUGGAAAGGCAGAGUGGCCCUGGUGACCGGAGCCUCGGUGGGGAUCGGAGCGGCUGUAGCCCGGGCACUGGUCCAGCAGGGCAUGAGGGUUGUCGGCUGUGCCAGGAAUGUCGACAAAAUAGAGAAGCUGGCAGCAGAAUGUCAGAGUGCAGGCUACAGCGGCACACUGAUCCCUUACAAGUGUGACCUGUCCAACGAGGAGGAGAUCCUGUCCAUGUUUUCAGCUAUCAAGACGCUGCACAAGGGUGUGGACGUGUGCAUCAACAAUGCCGGACUGGCACACAACGAGCCCUUGCUCAGCGGAAAGACCGAGGGCUGGAGGAACAUGAUCGAUGUGAAUGUCUUAGCCUUGUCUAUCUGCACCCGUGAGGCGUACAAAUCAAUGAAGGAGAGGAAUGUGGACGACGGCCACAUCAUCAAUAUUAACAGUAUGGGUGGGCAUCGAGUGGUGCCGAGUGCUGAUGAGCAUUUCUACUGUGCCACUAAAUACGCUGUGACUGCUUUGACUGAGGGGAUACGGCAAGAGCUGCGAGAGGCAAACACCCACAUCAGAGCCACAUGUAUAUCUCCUGGAAUAGUGGAGACUGAGUUUGCCUUCCGGCACCACAACAGCGAUCCAGAGAAAGCAGCUGCGGUGUAUGAGAGUAUGAAAUGUUUGAAAGCAGAAGACAUAGCCAGUGCGGUCACAUUUAUCCUCAGUGCCCCUCCUCAUGUCCAGAUUGGAGACUUGCAGUUGAGGUCAGUAGAGCAGGUGUCAUAGCAGUGCAACAGGAAGCUGCAGGAGGAGCAGACAGACAGCAGCCAUGGUGACUCCUUAGUGACCUCUGCUGGGCGAGGGAAGAGGGUGGUGGGGGGGGGGGUACAAAUCAACUAUAGCUGUGUUGGAUCUGCAGGGACGUGGUCAAAGAAGGCUGGAGUCUUGAGGAGGCUGUGUGAGGAAAUGAAGGGCUUGGACUUUGUAAACCACUACAGAAAUACUACUGAAUGCAGCGACCUGGUAUUUGUGAAUCGUCGAGCCCGGUCCUGAACUGAGCUGAGUCCAAACUACAGUCGGAACAAAUAACAGAGGAGAGAGUUGCUGCUGCUGUGCUUUGUGGUCAUCUGCACGACCAUCACUUCAGAGGGAAGAGUAUGCCAUUGAUUGCACGUUUUUUGUUUUUGUAGGUCAUAUGACAUAUCUUUUUGAAAUUAAAUGGAAAGAGUAAUUGCUGUUUAUAAGAUUUUUUUGUUUAUUUUUUUUUUAUAAAUAUUUUAACUUUUGAUCAUAGAUAGAUGUGGUCUCACACUCAUUAACCAUAGACGAUACUACCCACUGUAACUAACCAUCGACAGUUUGUCCACCCUGCAACCUUUUCUCACCGUAUGUUCUCACAAACACUUUCAGUUACUCUUGUUUGGAUCGAUCAAGGUUUCAGGAAUCUGGAAAAGUGUAGGAGUCGCUUUCUGUUAAAGGAAUACCUCAUUCCCCAAAUGAUCAUGUUUGUCAGUCACUCACCCCAUGUGUUAUGUUGAAUCGGUGAAGAAAACUGUGAAGAAGGGUCACAAGGGUCCCCAUUUAAAGGGGUACUUUGCUGAUUUUCAACCAGCUUUGUAUCAAAAUAAUGUUGGUAGUAUCAAAUAAACUUCCCUCCAUCUAACCAGUACCUAGAUAUUCACCCCUACCCUCCGCCAGAUGAAGCGGGUGGUGCACAACAGGUCAUCUGGCAGCAUUUGGCUCACUCUCCAGGCCUGUUGCUUGAACUAUAGGCUGUACUUUUGCAUUUUCAUAUCACUUGAUGCCACAACCACAGACAUAAAGAGUGUAGAAGCAGAUAAAGCGACAUGGCCUGCCCCUCCUUGUCUCUCUCCCAAACUCAGACCUAAAUCUGAUCAAGCGGUGAAACAAGGCAGUGCUGAUCGAAUAUAGAUCAAUAUUAUGUCACUGCACUAUCUUUUUCUUGCAUAAAAUGAUUUCAGAAACAUAUUUCAGUGCCGUGUUUGGCUGUAGUAGCCAGAGUUGGUGAACAGAAGUGGGUGCCAUACUGUUUCCUGCACAAUGAAAGCAGAGGUUGAAAAAACUGGGAUCAAACGGUAAAACUAGGCAACGCUGAUCAAAUAUGAACCAAGAUUCUGUAACUGAGUUGUUGGCAUUGUUCUCGCCUCAGUUGUUUUCAGCUUACUAUUUAAACGAUUUGUGUCAUUCAUGCAUUCAUUUUUCAUAAAAGCUUAUCUUGUUAGGGGUCACGGGGGGUUGGAGCCUAUCCCAGCUAACAUUAGGCAAGAGGCCAGACUAUUGCAGGGCUAACAUAUAGAGACAGACAACCAUUCACACCUAUGGCCAAUUUAAAGUCACCAAUUAACCUGCAUGUCUUUGGAUUGUUGGAGGAAGCCGGAGUACCUGGAGAAAACCCACACUGACACAGAGAGAACAUGCAAACUCAGCACAGAAGGGCUCCCCCACCCGGGGGUUCAAACCAGGAACUCUCUUGCUGUGACACAACAAUGCUAACCACUGCAUCACCAUGCAUUCAUAUCAAACAGACAAAUUCGCAUUACGUCACCUGCCUGUGUGGGGCGUUAAUAGGUCUGAUGCAGCGCAGUGCAUUCUGGCAGUUGGGGGUUUUCUGCCUCUUGAGCAAAAGCAAAUGCCACAGUCCUUUUUCUCGUUUUCUUUGGUCACCAAAAUUAGAAUUAUUUGCAUCUUUCUAUUCCAUAGACGGCCCAGUUUUCCUCUUAGCAGUGAAAUACGUCUUCAGCAGCAGAAGAACUAUAUUUAAAGUCUGUUUACGGGCUCUGACACAAGUCGUGCAGUAUAAUCCAAGUCUACUUUAUCUAUUCGAAUGCUCAGUGCUUUGCAUAUACGUGCAUUUUCUCUUAAACUUUGCUAUUAAAAACUGAACUGAAAGUGAAACUUAUUUAUGCUCUCUUCAAAGCCAGAUUCCACUGACAAACAGUUCAGGGUAAAACAGUAAUUUUACCUCGUUGAACACAGUAUCCUGGUCCAGCGCUGUCUCGAUCAGUUAGGUUUUUUGCCAUAUUGUGGAACUGUGGUGUAAUGAAGGGUUAGUUUGGAUUCACCAUAGUCACAAUAACACAAACAGACUAACUAAUCAAGGCAGCGCUAGACCAGGAAAUCCUGUGAUCAGCGAGGUAAAAUUACUUUGUUCGUCAAUGGAGUCUGGCUUUGAAGAGAGCAUGGAUAAGUUUCACUUUCUGUUUAGUUCCCUGUUAGAAAGGACUGUCUGUGUGGGAUGUACUGAGCAUGCAACUGGAUAAAUGAGACUUGAUUAUACUGCACGAGGUGUGUGAGAGUUUGUAAAUGGAUUCUGAAAAUGUGGACCCCUAUGGGUUCAGUUCAUCAGAAAUUCUCUCCUAUUUUUGGGUUCUUGGUUCACUGUGGAGGCUUGCGAGAAAAACAAAGGUUUUAGUGCAUUCAACAUAACACAAUGAGAGUAAUUGAUAUACAGAUGGUCAUUUCAGGGGUGAAGUGUUCCUUUAAGCAGGAGUUUCUACAGUCCACCUUUUUGCCUGUGGAAUUUAACUUGUUCUGCACUUUGGAUUCAUUCAUGAGGAGGAACUAUAAGAGGGAAACGCUGGCAACUUAUGCAGGGGAAGAAACUAACUCUGUGUACAUGCAUACCCUAGAGAUGUGUACCUUACAGUGGAAAUAUCUCCUUUAAUGAAUUAAUAAAAACAAUUGCCCAAAAGUAAGUAAUGGCCUGUGUUAAUGUUCACAAGAAAACUUGAUUUCACAGAAAGAAGACACGAGUUGUGGACUUUGUGACAUGUUUUUAUUAUACCUUACAUGACAUGAUGUGACAUGACAUGACAUGACAUGACAUAAUUGCAUGACCCAUGUACUACUUUAUUUACCACCUGUGUAUAUCAGUUUUAUCAGCAGUGCCCUGUUGCAGUUGACGUAAUAAAUGAGUCAGCCACAA